CUGCGUGCCGGUUCUUGGCAGUUUUUACUACACGAAUCCGCGAAAAGAGGGUGGAAAUUCGUCGAAGGUGGGAACGCACGAAGCAUGGUUUCUUCUCCACGCACGCGUACGCAGGCACAAGAACAUCGAGGAAAUCCCCUUUUUCUUUUCAUUUUCUUUGCUUUUGUUUUGAUUUUUUUAUAUAUUAUUAUUAUUGUUCCUGCCCUUCUUGUUGUUCCCAUCACUCGUGGAAACACGAAGCUGCGUCUCCCCCGGAACAACAACCCCCCAACACGUAAUUCUUCCUCCCUUCCUCGGCUCUCCCGAAACCGGACCGAACCCACCUCCCGAUUCCUUUGACUUCCUCAGAUCCACACCUCUUUUUACGUAAAACCCAGCUCCUCUUCCCGGGUUUCGGUCCUAAAGCCGUGAUUUUUCCGCUCCUCCUUCUGUGGUUGCUGCGGUGGGUUGAUUCGUGAAUCGGUUCUUGGUCGAAUGCUGCGGGGAUAACGGGGCGGAGUCUUUUUUCCUUUUUUGGGAGGGAGCGAGAGAGGGGAGUAAUGGCUGGUCAGAUGGUGAGACUGAGGAGAGAGACGAUAAAGGCAUGCAUGACAUGCCCUCUUUGUAAUAAGCUGUUGAAGGAAGCUACCACCAUAUCGCUCUGCCUCCACACGUUUUGCAGGAAGUGCAUCUAUGAGAAGCUUUCAGAUGAUGAAGUGGAUUGUUGUCCAGUCUGCAAUAUUGAUCUCGGGUUUCUUCCUGUGGAUAAACUUAGGCCGGACCACAAUUUGCAAGACAUAAGGGCCAAAGUUUUUCCUUUAAAAAGAAGAAAGAUAGAGGCCCCUGAAAUCAUACUUCCAGUUCCCCUCCCAACCAAAAGGAAGGAGAGAUCGUUAUCUUCCUUGGUGGUCAGCGCACCCAAGGUGUCGAUCCAGAGUGGUUUAACGGGCAGACGAACAAAAUCAGUCGUGAGAAGAGCUGCGAGUUCGCGAGCACCCAGUUUUGCUUAUGAGGAACCAAAUAAGAAAGAAGAAGAUUCUACAGGUGAUUGUGCCGUGGGAUCGAGCUCACCAGAUUCUUCAAAUAAAACAAAUAAAGGGCAGGAGUCAUCUCCUGACAAGCCUUAUGACCGGAAAAAACCUGUUGAAGACACAAAGGAUGGUUUCCAACAAAUGGAAGACAAAUACGAAUUAUGGACACCACUCAAUUGUCUUGUUGAGGCUGCUAACAGAACUAAAUCUUCCAAGCCAAGUUCACAUGGGCUUUCUCUUCCGAAGUUGGAGCCACUUAGUGCCCCUGAUAGGGAGCCUCAUGUGCCGGAGAAGAAACCCAAGGAAGAACUGCCAGAUAUUCCAAAAAGUGGACUUUAUUUGCCUAAAAGUAAAACUAAGGACCAUGGACUCAAAACAAAAUUCCAAGAUGACAAAAAGGCAAUAACUUUGUCAGGACCAGUUAAGCGUAAAAGGAUGCGUGCAACAGGUCCGAAGAAGGCAGCUGCAUCUGAAGAGAGCACCACAGCACAACUCUUGUUAGAUGCUUCCAGUGGCAAAGACAACAGAAGAAAUCAGCCAAUAUGGUUUUCAUUAGUUGCCUCUGAAGAUAUGAAAGGAGAGGCUUCUUUGCCACAGAUAUCUUCUUGUUACCUGAGGAUUAAGGAUGGCAACGUCCCUGUCUCGAUCAUCCAAAAGUACCUGGUCAAGAAACUUCAACUUUCGAGUGAAGCUGAGGUGGAGAUAAUGUGCCGGGGUGAGCCCGUCCUCCCAACAUCGCACUUGAAUAAUUUGGUCGAUCUCUGGUUCCGGAACGUGGCAUCGUCGAAGAGGGUGGCCGCAUCUGUUGGGACCUCGGCCAAAGAAUUCGUGAUGGUUCUGUCCUAUUGCCGGAAAAUCCAAGCUCCUUAAGAAGAACCUCAGUUUUUCCCCCUUUCUUCGAUAUAGAUCAAUGAAUUAACUUGUUGGAAGUCAUAAUCAUGAACGUGAUGCUCAAUGUCUGAGUCAAUACGACAAUAUAUGUUGUUUUGUGGCAUGUCGUUACAAGUUCAAAUAGAAUUUGAUUUGUUACAUUUUAGAGACGCUUCCUCUAUAGUAUGAUUGUACCAUUUUUCUCAAA